GGAAGCGGGCAAGCCAUGGAGCUCGACCCGCCGGCGCCGCCCUAUUUCUACGACCACCACGAGUCGCCCGGCGACGACUUCCACCGCUCGAGCGCGCCCAGCGAGGACAUCUGGAAGAAGUUCGAGCUGCUGCCCAGUCCGCCGGCCUCGCCGCUGGCUCCGGGCCCUGCCGAGGACGCGGCCGCCGACUACCUGCUGGAGCCCGGCCGGCUGCUGGGCAACCUGAGCGCCUUCGUCCUCCGCGACUGCAUGUGGAGCGGCUUCUCGGCCCGCGAGCGCCUGGAGAAAGCCAUGGGCGAGAAGCUGACUACCAAGCCGCCCGCCCAGGGCCCGCCAGCCAACGCCACCCCUACCGCCGCCCAAGCGCCGCACGACUCUGCGCUGGGCGGGCAGUGCGUGGCCCCCGGCGCCGUCUUCGCCUGGCCCGCCGACUGCAAGCUCCCUCCCUCCUCCGGCUCCGAGAGCCAAAGCGAAUCGGAAGGGGAAGAAAUUGACGUGGUGACGGUUGAGAAGAGGCAGUCGCUGGGGGUGAAGAAGCCAGUCACCAUCACUGUGCGGGCUGACCCCUUGGACCCUUGCAUGAAACGUUUCCACAUAUCUAUCCACCAGCAGCAGCACAAUUACGCAGCCCGCUCACCACCCGAGGCUUGCUCCUGCACAGCUGCCUUGGAGAAAAGCAGUCAAGAGGAAGAGGAGGAGGAAGAGGAGGAGGAUGGUGGUGCACAGUCCCUGAGGCAAGUGGCGGAGCCUUCCUCUCUUGAACCUUUCCUCCUGAAAUCCGGGAGCGCUCCCAGUUCGGACAGUGAAGAUGUGACCAAGCGGAAAAACCACAACUACUUGGAGCGCAAGCGGCGCAACGACCUCCGCUCGCGUUUCCUGGCGCUGAGGGACCAGGUCCCUGGUCUCGCCACCUGCCCCAAAACUCCCAAAGUGGUGGUGUUGAGCAAAGCUUCAGAGUAUCUGCAGUCACUACUCAAAGCAGAGCAGCAGAUGGUUGCUGAGAAGAAGCUGCUAAAAUUGCAUCAGCUUCAGCUGCUGAAACGGAUUUCGUACCUCAAGAGUGCGCAUUAGCUGCCAGGAACUCCAAACUGCUUGCCAGUCUGAUCUCUGCACUUUUUUUGGGGGGGGGG